AUGCCGAGUUACAUUUCCUUUAUCGUGUUGUUCUUUAUAGUUAUCUUCUCUUUUUCUCCCCGAGCAAACUUUGUCAAUGCGUCGAGGCCCUUAAUGGAGUCCAAGAAGCCGGGCCAGACGAGCUUGAAUACAAUGUACACAAGCGGUAGCGAACAAGGCAAGUUUGGUGGUGGAGCGAUGAAUGAUUGUCUGCCAAAGGGAUUUCGCUUCAAUUCUGCUCCUAGCCGCUACAUUAACAACCAUGCUUCAGGGUCAACACUUUGUUCUACAACAGAUAAAGUCAUUCCUAAGCCAUAA